UUGGCGCGAGUAAGGUUGUGGGUGAGACUUUGCUCUGACGUCAUAAAAAGCCCGCGAACCGCGUCUUUACCAAAAAAAUAAUUGUAAAAGCUCCGCGCAAUUUUAGUGUUAACUUUUUAAAAACUUUUCUUUCAUUUUUUAAAGUUUUUAUUCGUGAUUUGUGUUGAAGUGCUUUUUAUCAGGAAGUUUAAGAGGAAUAUAGGUGGAAGGAUGUUAUGGUGAUCAGUGACGUCAUGCAAUCAUGACCGCGAGCAGACGCAGAAUGAAGGCAGACCGCAGCUGGUGGAAGACGAGGCUUAUACUGGCAGCCUUCACUCUGGCUAGCGCUAACUCACAGGAUAUAUCGGCGUGCUGCGAUAAAGCCGUCGGGACAUGCCGGAGCGUUUGCGAGAAGAUGUCCCUCGUGGAAAUUGCCUCUGACUCUGCGAUGCGGGAGGAGAGAAUACAGAAUAUUUACAAGUUUUGCAUACCAAAUUUGAUAGAGUUCUGGAUAUGUAUGAAUCAAACUAUUCAAGAGGUAGUGUCCGGGUCAGGCUGGUGGGGCAGAGCGUGCUGCUCGCUCGGGCACUCCCCGCGGUGUCGCCGCGCUUGCGCCACGGCUGCGGACGCCAGUGCGCUGUCCGAGCCCUGUCGGCGAUCUGAUGAGAUCGCUUUCUUCGACUGCGUUCAAAGGCAGCAAGAAGCGCAGUGGUGCUGUUCACAAACCCAAUCGCUGAGUUGUCAUGAAGCAUGCCAGCGCGCAGUGUGGCGAGUCGGACAGACGCGAGCGGACAGUGGUGUUCGAGAAAAGGCAGUGGAGCUGUGCGAGCAGUCGCCUCCAUUGCUCCAUUGUUUACGAGACCUCACAGUUUCCACUGUGCUCACAGAUACGUCUAAAUAUUUACCAUGCUGUCACGAAUCUCCUAGUCAAGAAUGUCGAAGUACCUGCGAAGCAGUUCUCCGUCGUACUGGCGAGUCUCAAGAGAUAGCAGAAGCGUUAUCUCAGGAGUGCGGCGCGCCGGCUCUGCACGACAACAUGUGGCAAUGUUUCCUCAGGAAGGACGCACCGCCUGAAACCAAAGACGUGAUCCCGCACGACGUGGCUAAGCUACAUUGCUGUCAAAAGGGAGCUACAAUAAAUUGCCGAAGACUCUGUUUUAACACGUUCAACAAUGGCUGGCAAUUAAAUUGGCAGAAAUUUGACACAGAAUGUCUUGGAGACCCGCAGGAGAUGGAAAUGGCGGAAUGUAUAGAAGAAGUAGAAGCACCAUGCACCCUCGGCUGUUCAGGGCUAACGUACUGCAGCCAGAUGAACAACCGACCAACAAGUCUGUUCAGGUCUUGUUCCUCUCAAGCCGACCUUGAUGCACAUUCAGCAGUAGCAGAACAAAAAGGUAGCGGGUACGUGACUGUUGCAGGACUUCAGCUACCGUUAAAGAAUUCUUCUCAAUGUACUACAGAUGUCUGGAAGAGUGUGGCUUGUGCAUUGCACGUUAAACCAUGUACAGCAAAGGGUCACAGCAGCCUGCUUUGCAUGGAGGACUGCAAGCGGUUGGUGUCUUCUUGCGUGGAGUGGUCGCGAGCGUCUCUGUCAGCCACCGCCCUGUGCGCCAGACUCGCUCCCUCCAGUGAGAAUGCUCCAUGCGUCUCCUUGAGGGAGUUUAUGGCUCCAAGUAUUGAUCCACCUCUACUCUCCGCCACGGAAGUGAUCACGUCUCCCUGCGCGGGCUCUCCGUGCAACGGAACUCAAGUUUGCGUCGUGAACAGGAAUUGUCUUCAAGGAGGCUCUUGCAUGAAAUAUACUUGCAUCGAUGGAUGCCCAUUAGGUGAUGGAAGUUCAUACAUAGUCCCGAUGGGCUCAAGGGUGAGGGUGCCAAUGACUUGCGCUUCGCAAAAAGUCUGCAUCAAGAUCUGUCGAUGCACCAAUCGAGGCCUCUCGCACUGCCAGCCAUUGCCCAGCGUGGCACUGGAUAACUGUCGACUGCAUGACAAAGUUGUCAAACAUGGAGAGAAGUAUUACAUGGAGUGCAACGAGUGCGUGUGCGUGGCGGGCGAGCGCGUGUGUGCGCGCCGCGCGUGCGGACACGCUGCCCUGCUGACGGGGCUGCCCUGCAACUGCCCGCCGCACCAUCUGCCUGUACAUUCGCCCGGAAGACUGUAUCCGAACGCUUGCCUUGCCAAAUGCGCGGGAGCAACGGAUGGAGACAUUGACUUCGGGUCCAGAGCCGCGUGCGCGGGCGCGGCGUGCGGGCGGCAUCACGCAUGUCUUCCCGCGCGUUCUGUUUGUCUGUCACGUCUUCAAACUGCCUGUCCUCAAUUUAAAUGCGUGAACAUGACAGCAUGCAAUGCACAAUCAUCUAUACCAGUAUGCGACACUGAUGGACGCACGCAUUCUAACCCGUGCCAUCUUGUCAUGAGUGGACGAAAACUAGCCUAUUGGGGACAAUGUUUGCGGGGCUGUUCUGCGACUGGCAGUGUGUGUGGAGUGAAUGGUAUCACGUAUACUUCAGAGUGCGCUGCUUGGGCAGAGUAUGUCAGUGUGGACUAUAUAGGACCUUGCUUCGCUGUUGGCCCCAUCUCGGACCGCAUGGAACCCAAGUGCCAGUUCGACAGAAUCAUCUGUCCUCCCCUCAAGAUACAAGACUGUCUUGGAUUCACAGCUCCUGGAGCAUGUUGCCCUAAAUGCGGUGGAGCUCUAAGAAUCCUUUAUUCUAAAAAGCAAAUAGACAGGGCAUUAUACGGCACUAACAUAUCGGCAAGCGUUAUCAACUUACACAAUGUACUAUCUGCUCUUGAUAGACAUGUCAAAGUAGCUCAAUGCGCUCUAAGAGGAUAUCUUACCAUUGAAAUGGAAAUAUUUGUUACAGUAGAGUCAAUUUUGAAAAAUCCGACAGAUUUACAGUUAAAUGUUUGCAUUUUGGAGGCUGAGAGAUUGGCGGAUCUCAUCAACCGAGAAAGUGCUUUGAUUACCAGCGAUCUAGGUUUAAGUGCUCUAUCAUAUGCCUUGGUUGUUCAUACUCAUCCGACGCAAGGUACUUCUAGUGUAAGUUUAUCGGUUUCGCUAAUACUGUUAUCAUAUCUCUUCAUUUUCGUUUUAAGGUGAAAUGUUAACGACUGUCUAUUGUGUAAGAUAAUUUGAUUUGUAAAUAGAUAUUGUACAUACGAAAUGUUAAACACCAAAUAUGUUAGUGUUAUUUUGAGAUUAUAAAUGCUUUGGUCCGCUUUACCGAGGGCACAGUCGAUGUUGUAGAAAUUUGAUAAUUGUGAGUUAAAUGUGCCAUUAAACAAAGCUUUAUGUACGUAUUUGCAUAUUUUAAAUAUUAACAGUACAUCUGAUAGACUGAAAUAAGCAUUUUUAUCAAUUUUACAAAAGACAAUUUAUGGAGUAGUCCUUAUACCAAAUAUGUGAAAGUUAUUUUUGUUGUUUUGUUGAUAUAUUUCGAUAUACUUAUUACGAGAAAAAUAUAUUUAUGUGCAUAAAACUGGAUUAAAAUAAUAUUCAGUUCAUGA